AUGUCUGACUGGGUGACCAGCUACGAUGCGCAAAUCAAAGCGGAAGCAGCGGCUAGUCCCACAGCAGUUACUAAGGCUGGCUCAAUGUCGUUUCGCGGCGGUAGCAAUUCGGUUUCUAUUCACGGGUAUAAGGGACCGGUGUCAAGCUUUAAUGGAGCACCGCCUCCACAACACACAUUUGGCGCAUCGAAAGCUGUGUACGCUAACGCUAACAUGAACGGUGGAUACGGGUAUUCUUACGCAAUGACGCCUCAGCCUCUUCCAUCUUAUGGCCGAGGACAAGCUUUCACUGUCGGUGGUGGCUUCCGGGGAAGGGGAGGGAUACCAGCAUUCCAGUACCAAAUUCAACCAGGGAAUAAUCCAUACAAGUAUGUUGCACCGAAGCCUUCACCGCCCGGUGCCGACAUGAUGGAGAAGCCUAUGGGACCCGAAGAAGUGGCCCUUCUUAAUAAAUUUCUUCACAAGAAAGUAGACUUAAUGCAAAAUAGUGGGAUAGAUGUGUCGUUGGAUAGAAACGAUCCACGAUCACCGUUACAUUCCAUACGAAGCUUCCGUGAUCUCAGACUACGGCCAGAAUUGCUUGAGGCUCUGAAUUUGUUAGGAUUCACACAACCGUCGAAAAUUCAAGAGUUUGCAUUACCGUUACUAAUUAUGGAACCGCCAACUAACAUAAUUGCGCAGUCUCAAUCUGGAACUGGAAAAACGGCAACUUUUGUUCUGACGAUGUUGUCACGUGUAGACCCAUCAAAUAAAUAUCCACAAUGUCUCUGUCUAGCACCAACGUAUGAGUUAGCCAUUCAGAUUGGUGAUGUUGUUGCAAAGAUGGCUCAGUUUAUGCCAGAUGUUGCCGUGCAUUACGCAGUCAGAGGGGUAAAACCAUCAGCUCCUAUUACUGAGCAAAUAAUCAUUGGCACACCGGGAAAGUUAGUGGAUUACCUUACAAAGUAUAACUGCUUGGACGCUUCCCAUAUACGUUGUCUUGUUCUUGAUGAAGCUGAUGUCAUGAUUAAUCAAGCAGGCUACACUCAACAAAGUACACAGAUAUACAAUAUCAUAGAAGAAGCCUCACCGGUGGUUCAGACAAUGCUCUUCUCAGCUACCUAUGGAGAAGAUGUUGUCAAAUUUGCUAUGCAACUUAUUAAAAAUGCAGUGACAGUCACAUUAAAACGGGAGGACCAAUCCUUGCCAAACAUUAAACAAUACUUUGUGGAAUGUCCUGGACGCGAUGCUAAGUACCAGGCCGUUGUUGAGUUGUACAGCGGUCUAACGAUUGCCUCUUGUGUAAUAUUCACACAUACAAGAAGGAGUGCUUCAUGGUUAGCGGAGAGAAUGAUCGAAAAAGGACAUCUGGUGGGCGUUUUACACGGUGAAAUGUCUGUGGAAGAACGUGCAGCUUCGAUAGAACAGUUUAAGGAAGGCAUUUUUAAGGUGCUCAUUACGACAAACGUUUGUGCUAGAGGUAUCGACGUAUCCCAAGUAACCAUUGUGAUUAACUACGACCCUCCUUUGUUGUAUGAAAAUCCAACAGAACCUGAUUAUGACACAUAUCUUCAUCGCAUUGGACGUACUGGACGAUUUGGAAAAGCAGGCAUAGCGAUCAACUUUGUGGACAGUCGCGAAGCGCUAGCGAUCAUCAAGAAAAUUGAAGCUUUCUUCGGAAAGCCAAUCCCCAAACUGGACCCAAGCGACCUGGAACAGUUAGAAGCUGUUGAAAAUGACUAA